AUGUCUCAACCGCGGAUUAUGAAGGUAGGGGACCAACACCUCCUCGACCCCGAGCAACUCAACAGCCAGUUCCGCGACACCAUGAACAAACUCACCCACGAACGGGGCUUCGUCGUGGUACGCACAGCAUACGCGGCAGACGACGACGCGGACGCGACAGAAUGGUCAGCCGCCCUCCAGAAACUGCGCGCCUGGGCAUGUCCCACUGACGACAACGCCGAGAUGGACCCGGACACCUUCGCUCUGCCUGUCAUAGCCGAUCGUGAAACCCUCAACGGCCUCGACUACACUGCCGUCCGCCGCGCGUUUGCCGGCUGGGUGGAGUCAUAUCUACGACGGACACUCGCGGAUGACGACGAAGAUGACCCCUGGCCGUCGGACGUAAGACAUGACGUGUGCAUUGUCGCUGACGGCUCCGCGCUCGCCUCCUUGCGAAAUGCACCGGAAAGGCCAAGUGCUGAGUUUAUGGAUAGGGGGCCAUGGGUUGUUGUUCUAGAUGCUCAGGACCCGGCCAACGCCCCUUAUCGUGGCGGAGGUCCUUACCAAGGUUGGAUGCGAGCUGAAGCCAGAGCGCUGAGCCAGCUGGCUGAGGAUUUGGAUGACAGGACACUGGCUGGAGGACUAUGUCCGGUUCGCGAAUACGGAGGCCAGAUCCCUCUUUACGACGGAACUCCGGCCGGCCGACUUGUUGAUCCGCCGGGAGGUGUUGCUGGGAGAUAUAGGUUCCCUCGUGGGACUCCGAGGGGCGUGGACGGCGCUCAAUCCAUGCUGGCCGAGAUCCAACGGGCCAACGGCGGAUUGUAA